AUGGCGAUUGCCAAUAAAUUUGGAAGUAUGAUAAAGAAAGCUGUAUUAUCAAAUCCAUCAUUACAUCAAGCGAUCCGAUCAAUGUCAUCAUCGAAGCUCUUCAUUGGAGGUUUGCCAUUGUUUAAACUCUCUUUCGUCAGAUGUCAACGCAUCAUAUGCCAUCAUUAUAGAGCAGUUUGUUUUCUUCUCUUUUAGGGCUCUCAUAUGGCACCGAUGAUCAGAGUUUGAGAGAGGCAUUCAGUCAGUACGGGGAUAUCAUUGAAGGUAGUCUGUGUCAUCCUUCGUUGAUUUUUUUCUUAGUGCCUGUAUUCCUGUUUGGUUUGUGUUGACGAAGGUUCUUCUGUUCAGCAAGAGUCAUCGUGGAUCGUGAUACAGGUAGGUCUAGAGGCUUUGGUUUUAUUACCUUUACCUCUGGUGAUGAAGCUUCUGCUGCCAUUAAUGGCAUGGAUGGGAAGGUAUGCACUCUAUUUAUGACUAGUAAUUUAAAAUUAAAAAAAAUAUAAUUGGCUUCGGGGUUUAAAUCACCUUUAUUUUGUCCAAAAAGUUCCAUGAAUACGAUGUGGGUUCUACCCCCUGAAACUAUCCUUUCUAGACUAGAUGGUUACUCCAUGUCCUUGUGAGAUUGCUAGCUAGUCUGUAAGUAGCCAAGAAACAUAUGAUUGCAAACCUCAACAAUUAACAUGACAGAAUUUCUGUUUGGUGAACUUACAGUUGAUCUCUUUCAGUCACCGCUUGUGGUUUUAUGCCCUAGAUUCUCUGUCAAAUAUGAACGUCUCUUCUGUAUUCUAGGAUCUUCAUGGCCGCAUGGUGAGGGUAAAUUAUGCCAAUGAUCGUCCGCGAGGUGGCGGCUAUGGUGGUGGCGGUUAUGGCAGUGGUGGCUUUGGCGGUGGCAGUGGCUAUGGAGGGGGGGGUGGCUAUAGUGGUGGCGGUGGCUAUGGGACUGGUAGUGGCGGUGGUGGCUAUGGUGCUGGUGUUGGUGGCUAUAAUAGCGGUGGCGGUAACUAUGGCACCAGUGGUGGCGGCAGCUAUGGUGCUGGUGGUAGUGGCUACAACAGUGGCGGUGGCGGCUAUGGUGCUGGUGGAGGGGGCGAUAGCUAUGGUUCAGGUGGUGGCAGCGGGUAUGGCGGAGGGGGUGGCUAUGGUGGCAAUGGCUACAACAGCGGAGUGGGCGGCUAUGGCAGGAGUGGUAACUAUGGAGGUGGCGAUAGAGUGGGUAAUGUUGCUGGAGGUGGCGGUGGGUACGAUAGUGGAGCUUACACUGGCGGAGCCAAUGGUGGCAGGUAUGGGGGUACCAACAGCCCUGGUACAGGCAGUGGCUACGGAGGGAGCAGUGGAGGAAACUAUGGUGUGGCUGGCGGCGGCGGUGGAGCUGACCAUGCAACAGAUACACAUAGCAGCAACGAGGGCCUUGCAAGUGGCGGCUACAAAGACCUUGACUCCUACGAAGAUAAUGCGAGUGGCAAUGACGAUGAGCCCGAUGACAACUUGGACAGGCGGAGCUGA